AUGGGAAAUGAAACGCCUCAAUCCAUUAACCAUCAAUUGUCCCCCUACACAGAGGCAGUCAUCUGGCAAUUUUCGUCUCAACCUUCAGAAGAGGAAGAGGUAGAAAAAUAUGCACCAUCAAUUAUAAGCGCAACACCACUACAAAGAGAAAAAUACCUGAUAAGCAAUGAAUCAGAUCAGUCAUCGGAGGGAAGUAAACCACCAAGCAGGGAUGCUUCAGUUGACAGAUUUUCUAGCAGAGAGGCAUCAUCUGACAGGUUCUCACGCGAGCCCUCCAUUGACAGUCAACAUUCUCGGGAACAAUCUAUUGACAGGAGCUCAAAGAUAAGUGACAGACAUGUGCCUGAUUUUUCUCCAACAAAAACAAAGUCAGAAAGUUGUCUACUGCGACAAGAUGAUGGUACUGGUGAAGAAGUGACCGAGUCUCAGGGUGUUGAUACCAAGACAUACUCUACCAAGAGAACACUAGGUAGUGUCCUGACACGGUUGUCAGCCAUUCUUGAAAGGAGGGCACCGACACCACAGGUGUACAGGGACAGUGAUUUCAAGCAGUACUGGAUGCCAGACAGUAGUUGUAGAGAAUGUUACGAGUGCCAUGACAAAUUUACGACAUUCCGACGCAGACACCAUUGUCGUAUCUGCGGUCAAAUUUUCUGCCAUGCUUGCUGUAGUCAAGAAUUGCCGGGGAAAGUAAUAGGUUACAAAGGAAGUAUCAGGGUAUGUAACUACUGUUUCAAGAUAGUGCAUCGGUAUGCUAAGAAAGAUAACUCCUCUGCUGAUCCAAAUGUUAUAAAAGAGGUCCUCAACAAGUAUCUGCAAGCAGACAUAUCAUUGACACCUGACUCUGGGGUCAAAGGUCAGAAAAGGUCAACACUUGAUCUUCAGUCAUCUUUGAGGUCACCAAGUGACCCAGAUAUCAGCAUAGAGGGUAUUGCUCCAUUUGAUCUAACUCCACAGACUGAAUUUGUGGUUUCUGAUAACUUUUCAUCUGAAAGAAAAAUGCUUAUACAGGACUCGUCACAGCUUCGCAACUUAUGGUCACUGAUGAAUGACCCGGAGAAAGGUGUGGUGUUUCAAAGUUACAGAGUUAGGCUACGUACAUAUCAGAAAUGUAUUGCAGGAAAUACUGUGGUUGACUGGUUACUGAAACAAGAUAAAGUUGCUAAUAGAGUGCAGGCAAUAGCUAUAGGACAGGCUUUGAUAGAUGCAGCCUUUUUGGACCCAAUACACACAAUAACCACACCUUUCAGAGAUGACUUCACUCUGUACAGGCCCACUGAGAUACCAAUUUCUGACAUGUUAUCGCCAGAGUUUGAGAAUCUAGAAGAUUCUCUGAAUGAAGAUAAUGCCCCACAGUGGUUCCAGGAGAUACAGUCUGACUCCUCAGAGGCCAAUAGUAGUGAGGGACACAGACAUAGAGACAGUGGCUUAACUGCUAGCCAGGCGUACAGUGAUCUCUCAGAGGAUUCAAAAGGAGAUAUCAAAGUUGAUGAGAGGCACUUUGAUGAACCUUUACCACGUCAGAAUUUACUGGGUAACGAGGAAGUUGUGGUCGAACCGAUCUUCGAGAAUGUUGGUGCAGAAACAGAGAAGUCACUAUGUGCAGAAGAAGUGACUGGAUCUUGGAGGACAUUAAAUAUGGUCACUGACGAUUCUAUAGAGAAAGAAACUUUCGAUAAACUACAACAUGAGCACCAUGAGCAUUUAACUAUGAUGACUAAACAGUUAUUGUUUGAGGAGAAUAUGGCGGGAAGUUGGGCUGACAUCAUCAUAUCUACAGUGGAUCGUGUCAGCUUGUUUGUUAAACCCGACGUUAAAAACAGCUCCGACGACAUGGACAUACGCAAGUACAUUCAUAUAAAAAAGAUUCCUGGCGGUUCAAGAGAAGAGACGGGACUACUGCAUGGUGUCAUCUUUAGAAAAAACGUGGCUCAUAAGAAGAUGAAACAAACAAUAAACAAUCCAAGUGUUCUUCUACUACAAGGCUCUAUAGAGUAUCAGAGAGUCGAGAACAAAAUCUCGUACCUGGAACCUCAGAUAUUACAGGAAGAGGAGUUUCUUCGUAAGAAUAUUAAGAAGAUAACCUCCUUAAAGCCUAAGCCUGACGUACUAGUUGUGGAGAAAUCGGUAUCUAGAUUGGCUCAAGAUUUUCUGCUGAAGGCCGGGAUAACCCUCAUCUAUAAUGUGAAAGAGAGUGUUAUGGACAGAUUAUCAAGGUUUCUGGUCACUGAUAUAGUGGCGUCAAUUGACAGUUUAGUACGGGGUGUAAAACUAGGUUUCUGUCAUACGUUUUCUGUGAAAACAUUUCACUUGCCGUCCGGAGACACUCGUAACAUGCUGUACUUUGAUGGCUGUGCCACACAUCUGGGAUGCGCCAUUACUCUACGAGGGGGAUCUGUGUCAGAAUUGAAAAGAGUGAAGAAAAUUAUCAACUUCAUGAUUUACGCAUCGUACCACUCCCGACUGGAGAUUGCAUUCUGCAUGGAUGAGUUUCUUAAACCGCCAGUGAAGGAUGACCUUAAUUUUGACCUCGAGCAAACCUUGGUGUCAACAAAGAAGCCAAAGGAACAGAAUGAAUCCAAUGGAACAGAAUCAGUGGACAGAAAUAAAAGAAAUUUAUCCGGUUCUAAGAAUAAUAGUGCAGACAAUAUUGUAGAUAGUAAUGAAAAUAAACAAAACAACAAUGUUAAUAAAGCAGAAAUUGGUGCAAUAGAUAGUGAUAUAGGUGUUAAACAAGAACAUGACAAUAAUAAGGGUAUAAAUCACUUUGAUACAAAGGAUUUAGUGAACAAACAAGAUAAACAAACACAUGUCUGUGAUAAUGUAAAGAAAUCCAGUACAAAAGAAAUGACUGCUUUGAACCAGACUGAUAGCAUAGCUGGUAACGCAGAGACUGGUUCUAAAAUAAACACAAUAGAGACUGGUUCUAUUACAGUUAAAGAACCUAAAGAAGUGCUUGACUCAGAAAGGAUAUCUUCAUUUAUCAAUAUUGAAGCAAAAAGUUAUCAAGUUACAAAUUCUGCUGAUUCUAAAACUGGUGCUGAUACAGACACUGUAAAUGACAGAUCAAAUGUUACUUUUGGCCUAGAAAAUGUAGAUAAUAAAGAAAAGGUUACUAGUCUAGAUCCAAAUGUAAAUAAUAACAGAGGCGGAGGUUUAACCCCAGAACUGAGAAAGAAACAUCCUUCAGGGGGAAAUAGAGAUAAAAGCCCUAUAAGAAAGUCACAAAUAACACAAUUAACUGACCAUUCUGAUCCACUGUACAGUUAUCAGAUGAGUCAGGAUGAGUCAAUAUUUCAUUCUUCAAUAACAUUCCAGGAACAACUUGUUACACAUAGAACAAAAUUCAGGAAAGCUCUAGACAAUGUUGCACUUUCAACUUCCCCAUAUAUAAAGUAUCAUCUUCCAUACCUAGAAACAGAAACAGGCUCCAAGUGUGAGUUAAGGAAGUACUUCCCUGAGGAAAUUUAUUGGUCUGCAAACUUCUGUCUCAAAUCAGGUCAGCGUAAAACAAAAGCAAAACAUUCGGACGUUGAUAUGACGAGGAAAAAGGAGGCACCUGCUAGUAUUGUUAUUACAGAGGCUCAUGAUUUUAUACGAUGCCCGCUGAUCAAACCUUCAACUGAUAAAUCCACACAGUACCUUCUUGCCAAAUUCCGAGCCUAUGGCGGUAGAAUCAGUAUUAUUGAUACCCCGACCCAGUCGGACAAAAAGUCGAAAAAGUUGGUAAACAAAGGGAAGCAACUCUCAGUAGAUGUGAGCAAGAGAGAGACAGAAGUUAGCACAGAGAGAAAAGUAGACUGCCUCGAUCCAUUCAGACAUCAGAGAAUAGCUGUGCUGUUCAGUAGUUUCAGUUAUGAGUCAGAGAAUCAUCCAAGUCCAUGUGUCUAUCCAUGGGUGGUUACAAUGGAGUUUUACGGUAGGAAUGAUACAACUCUUGGUGGAUUUCUGGAGAGGUUUUGUUUUAGACCUUCAUAUGUGUGUCCUUCUGACUUGUGUAACACAUCUAUGGAUCGCCAUGUACGCAGGUUCGUACACGGGUAUGGAUGUAUCAGCCUGGUUUUGAAGAGAUUGGAUCAACCUAUACCAAAUGGACAAAACUGUAUCCUCGUGUGGAGUUGGUGUCAUAAGUGUAAACAGGUCACUCCAGUGGUACCCAUUAGCCCAGAUACAUGGAACCUGUCAUUUUCACGAUACCUAGAAUUCCGUUUUCAUGGUAACAAUUUUCAGCGGCGAGUUGGAGCAGAGCCACCGUGUACACAUUCCUUACAUCACGACCAUUUCCAGUACUUUGGCUUUAAAGAUACUGUAGCAUCAUUUAAAUAUUCUACAAUCAAAAUAAAGGAGAUAAAAGUCCCACCUCUGUUAAUCAGUCAUGAGUCUGUUAUAGAGACAAUCAUAUUAUAUAGACUGAAAGAUGAAGUGAAAAGACUGACAUUAAAGAUAACAGAUUUAUUUAGUGUGGUUUUGGACUAUAUGACUAAAAUGAAAGUUGAUUCAUGUUCAGAGAAUCUUGCCAAGUUUGUCAGUGAUUGCAUUUCAAUGCAACAGGUUGAAAAAGGUCACAUUAGAGAGAUGGCACACAGUGUUAAGGAGAAGAUUGAGCAGUUACUGAAGGAAGCUUGUGACUUGAAGAAAUUCACACUGAACAGUGAGCAGAAACAUACAUACGGAGAGAUCGAGGAUGGUAUAGUGUUACUGAAGAAAUCUAUAGCUGAGUCGGUGACAAACUGGAAUGUAAAAUUACAAGAUGUACAUAUCCAGCAAAAGAAGGUGAAACAGGGAACCAAUCAGAAGAAAGAUAAGGAACCAGUCAUGAACAGUGUAAGCAGCACUGCAACACUAGAACAAGAUGACCGGAGUUUGCCAUCUUCUUUACUAAAAUCAUCAGAGUUAGACACACAGAAACACAGCCCUCCUCGAGUGUUUGACGAUACUUUUUCACUGUCAGGAUCAGAAUUUGGCGAUGGGAGGCGGAGAUCUGACUUCAGCAUAGGAAACUUUACUCCUCCAAUACGUAAGAAAAAACAGUCAACAACAUCAGCUGACAGCUAUAUUUAUGGUGUGACCCCGGGGAUCUCUGCAGCAGGGGUGUGGCAUGACAAUAUCUCCAGUAGUUAUGUUGUCUGUCACAGGGAUGAAGGUGAUUGGCCAUGCACUGCACUCCAACACAUCUACUACAGAAUGUUGUCCCCUCCACCAGCCAGCCUAGAAAACUCUAUAGAAAGGAUGACAGAAAACAAUGUUUCCAUAGAAACCAGUGUAAAUAUGGCAGCAGACGACGCUACAGAAAAUCAGGGAUGUACAGACUCUACCAGUGUACAAGGUCCCGAUAGCACUACUAACAUGCCUGACAAUGUUAUAGUAAAGAAAGUGGGUGGUGAAGACCAGACAGAGGGACCAGUAGGGGACAAAUUAGGGACAGUUAUUAAGAAGACUAUCAGGAAUACUAUCUGGCAGGGAUCUGGUGCCUUCCAGUUACAAAUGCCUUUUGACCCCUGUGAUCAUCAUCUAUUACCAGCAUGUGAUCGUGUACCUGUGAUAGUAUAUGAUCAUGAACCAAGCUCAGUCAUCGCCUAUUCCCUCAGUUGCCAUGACUACCACAUGAAAUUGAUUGAGAUUCAAGCCGCACAAAGACACAGCAAAUCAGAUAUCGAGAAUUCCAACAGACUUUCUAAAGAUGAACAAGCAGAGCUAGCUAAGAGACCAUCUUCUAGUAAAUUGUCAUUCUUCAAGGGGAGCAGUAAAGAGACAGUAAACAGGGCUGAUACACUAGACUCUGUUAGGUUCCUGAAUAAAGUAGACAGUACUGUACUAGAUAGUCCACUAGAUGAAGCAGAUUUGUCAAUGCUUUUACAAAGUGGGCAAGAGAUCAAUGAUAAAUCUAAAACAGGAAAACAAGCUCUAAAUCAUCAUAUAGAAUUACAGUUUGCUGACACCACUGCCAGGUUCUAUUGUAAAGUGUACUUUGCUGAUCAGUUCAGACAUCUACGCAAGCAUAUAUUUCCAGAUGGUGAAGAUGCGUAUAUUCGUUCACUGAGCAGAUGUAAACCUUGGGAAGCAAAGGGAGGCAAAUCUGGUUCAUCAUUCUGCAAAACAGAUGAUGAUAGAUUCAUUCUGAAGCAGAUGUCAAACAUGGAGGUCGAGUCAUUUGAAAGAUUUGGACCCGAAUAUUUCCAGUAUAUGUCAAGUGUAGAAAAACAGCAGAGACCAACAGCUCUAGCUAAGAUAGUAGGUGUAUAUAGGAUUGGAUUCAGGAAUCAGUUUACCAACAAUGCCAUGAAACAAGAUUUAUUGGUGGUGGAGAAUCUAUUCUAUAACCGGUGUAUAUCCCAGACAUUUGACUUGAAGGGGUCAGAGAGAAAUCGUCUAGUGAAACCAACACGCAAACGAGAUGAAGAGCUGGUACUCCUUGAUGAAAACUUUCUAAGAGUGAGUGUGGACUGCCCGUUGUAUAUUUUGUCUCAUUCUAAGACGAUGUUGAUGCUGGCCAUCAGUCAUGAUUCACAAUUCUUGUCCAGUAAUCUUGUAAUGGAUUACUCUCUCCUAGUCGGCCUGGACGAGCAAAAACAAGAACUUGUUGUUGGAAUUAUUGAUUAUAUAAGGACUUUUACCUGGGACAAGAAGUUGGAGACUAUCAUAAAGACAAAUUUUGGUGGGCAAGGUAAAAUGCCUACAGUUGUCUCCCCUGAAGUGUACCGGACAAGAUUCCUGGACGCCAUGGCCAAGUAUUUUCUCCCUGUACCUGACCAGUGGACAGGUCUUGGAAGAGACGUUGACAGCUAGAGGUUAAAGAUGGGAGUUCGAAACUGAAGUUUUUUUUACUGGCCUUGUGGACAUAUCUUUGAUAUUGAGCUGGAAACUGAAGUUUUUUUCCUGGACUUUUGGACAUAUCUUUGAUACUUUUUUAACUCAUUUGAAUUUCAACAAUCUUUACUGAAAGUAUUCCUUAUUAAGCAAGUCAACUAGCUUUGUUAUAAAAUUAGGAUAUGUGAACAGGAUAAUAAUGAUAAUCUAUAUUGUUAUUCAGGAAUCAUUCACAUUCCAUAAAAUUGAAAACAUUCACCAUAUUUAUGCUUUUACUGCUAGAAGAUAUGAUUACAAGUUACAUACCUUUGCCGCUGGUAGUUAUGGUUACUUACAUACCAUUGCUGCUAGUAUAGAACCAUGCCAGUCAAUAUAUUUGUCUGACCUGAUUCUAUUUUUAGCCAUUUGCUGUUCCAAAUUUAAAACAGGGCAUGCAUUUUUAUACAAAUUCAGCAGGGAUUGCGUGUUCAAGCCCGAUUGUGGUCAUGAGACUUCCAAACAUGUUUCCUCAUUCUGGUUAGUUCCAGAAAGCUGUCUCAAAAGUUGUUUCAAAUAUGCUACAAGAUUUUUUCACUAUCAGGAGGUGUUUUGAUGUGAUGGGACUGGAAAUAUUUUUUUCUUUUAAAUUUAUAUAUCAUUAAUGUUGGUCUGGACCAAAAAACUUAUAUGCAUAAAUUCAGAGCAUUCACUCAUUGCAUUACAUCCAUGUUUUUCCAGAAUAAGUAAUAGAAUUAUGAAAAAUGAUUCAAAAUUGAAAACUGCAUAAGGCUCAGAUAAGCACAGAAUAACAUUUUUUAUUUAAUUCAAACAAAUUUUUUAGCUCACCUGUCACAAAGUGACAGGGUGAGCUUUUGUGAUCGCUUUUCGUCCGGCGUCCGUCCGGCGUCCGUCCGUCCGUAAACUUUUACUUUAAAUGACAUCUCCUCAUAAACCACUAAGCCAAUUUCAUCCAAACUUCACAGGAAUGUUCCUUUGGUGGUCACCUUUAAAAAUUGUUCAAAGAAUUUAAUUCCAUGCAGAACUCUGGUUGCCAUGGCAACCGAAAGAAAAAACUUUAAAUAUCUUCUUUUAAAAAACCAUAAGAGCUAGAGCUUAGAUAUUUGGCAUGAAACAUCUUCUAGUGAGUGUCUACCAAGUUUGUUCAAAUAAAAGCCCUGGGGUCAAAAUUGGCCCCGCCCCGGGGGGUCAUUGAUUUUCCCUAUAUGCAUAUAGUAAAAACUUAAAAAAUCUUCUUUUAAAGAACCCAAAGAGCUAGAGCUAAGAUAUUUAGCAUGAAACAUGUUCUAAUGGGUGUCUACCAAGUUUGUUCAAAUAAAAGCCCUGGGGUGAAAAUUGGCCCCGCCCCGGGGGUCAUUGAUUUUCCCUAUAAUUAUGCAUAUAGUAAAAACUUAAAAAAUCUUCUUUUAAAAAACCCAUAGAGUUAGAGCUAAGAUAUUUAGCAUGAAUCAUCUUCUAAUAAGUGUCUACCAAGUUUGUUCAAAUAAAAGCCCUGGGGUCAAAAUUGGCCCCGCCCCGGGGGGUCAUUGAUUUUCCCUAUAUGCAUAUAGUAAAAACUUAAAAAAUCUUCUUUUAAAGAACCCAAAGAGCUAGAGCUAAGAUAUUUAGCAUGAAACAUGUUCUAAUGGGUGUCUACCAAGUUUGUUCAAAUAAAAGCCCUGGGGUGAAAAUUGGCCCCGCCCCGGGGGUCAUUGAUUUUCCCUAUAUGCAUAUAGUAAAAACUUAAAAAUCUUCUUUUAAACAACUCAAAGAGCUAGAGCUUAGAUAUUUGGCAUGAAACAUCUUCUAGUGUGUGUCUACCAAGUUUGUUCAAAUAAAAGCCCUGGGGUCAAAAUUGGCCCCGCCCCGGGGGGUCAUUGAUUUUCCCUAUUUGCAUAUAGUAAAAACUUAAAAAAUCUUCUUUUAAAGAACCCAAAGAGCUAGAGCUUAAAUGUUUAGCAUAAAGCAUGUUCUAAUGGGUGUCUACCAAGUUUGUUCAAAUAAAAGCCCUGGGGUCAAAAUUGGCCCCGCCCCGGGGGGUCAUUGAUUUUCCCUAUAUGCAUAUAGUAAAAACUUAAAAAAUCUUCUUUUAAAGAACUCAAAGAGCUAUGGCUAAGAUAUUGAGCAUCAAACAUGUUCUAAUA